UGGGUGGGCAUGCAGAUGGGUGUGUACCUCUGGGUGUGUGCACUGUACUGGUGAGGUUGAGUAUUUUCUGGCAUGCUGUACUGUGAAUUUGGUGUUGUAGACUAUUAAAGCUUAAAGAGGGUUGUUACAGCCUCUGAUUACAACCUGUCCUGCACAAGGGAUUCGGAAUUACUGUCGUUAUCAAAAUCAGAUCUACCGAAACAUGGCCAUGACCUCUGAGUCAGCUCUUGUAAGAAGUGACCAGUCUAUUGAAUACAAAACGAUGGUCAAAUGUGCAUCCUCAAUUUUGAAUUGCAUCAAAUCGUCUCCAAACAGCAUUGGAACAGCAAUGUUUGCAGAAGGCUACAUCUCUGAGUAUGUUAGAGAUAGUGUUGGUGAUACGAGUGUAUCCAAAGUUGACAAAGCACAAAUGCUUCUGAAUACCAUAACCGAUCGUGUAAAAACUGAUCCCCUUGCUUACAAUGGCUUUGUUGAGAUCAUCAGAAAUGAAGGUACAUGGGCAUGUUGUUAUUUGGAGCGACUUCAGAACGCCUAUAAAAAGCUUAGCCUUGAAGCACGGCAAAUUAAGGAACAGUGCUCUAGUGAUUCUGAUGAUCAGAACAUCUAUGAAGAGCUUAGCCUUGAAGCACGGCAAAUUGAGGAACAGUGCUCUAGUGAUUCUGAUGAUUCCUUUCAUUCCCUCCCUGACGAGUUAUCUUCUCUCAAAAUAGAUGCGGAUGUUACUUCAAAAGGAGUCAUUUGUCCUUUUUGUCAAAAUUGUUCUUUCGAAUCGUUCUUGCAAAGUGGUUGUCCACAUGCUGCGGAGACAGAGAAGCUAGAGUUCAAAACCUUCCCAUUUUUAGAUCGCUCCAAAAUCAAUCCUGAGAAAAAUGUAGAAUGGCACCUUCUUCAGGAUUCUUAUGCUCGCUUGGAAAAUUCACUAAUAAAAUCUCUUGAAUCUUCUGAAGUGAACAUUGAAAAACUUGACAACUUUGUUUGGAAUCUCGUAGUGCCACCUCAAACACAGCAGCAGAAAAGAGUCGAAAAGGCUGAAACAGUGACAGAAAUAUUUAAAAAUAUACGUCCUCACAAAUCAUUCUUCAAUUGUGAUAUUGUAGAAGAAGUUUCAAAAGAGUUCGGGACACCUGCCGAUAAGAAAUUAGUUGCCGAGUAUGUAGCUGCCUUGAAUGAAUACUGUAAACGCAGUGUGUUUGAAGUUCCUCCUGUCAUUUUUCGGUAUCCCUCUGAAAGGAAUGAUUGCAAACUGUUUGCUUUUAAAUACACCCCAGGAAAGCCUGUUACGCUGGGAGACGUUCAGAUCAUACGGCGAAAAAUUGCUUCUAUUUUUGAAAUUAAUGCAAUACUUUUGCAGCUUUGUUUGAUCAAAGAUAAAUGUGUAAAAAUGGUCUUCCUUGUGCCUGAGUUUGUUAUUGACUCCAUUUCUGUGAAACAGACGUCUGCACUUACAGAUCUUCACAUUGAAAUUGUGCCAGUAAUUGACCGCCAUCAACCACCACGCUCGGAUUCUAUCACAGUUUCUGAUAAGAAAGUGGAAUCUCCAAAAGCUGGCAAAAAAGAUAACCAUCAGGAGGAAGUCCCACCAAUUGUGGAUGGUCAAAAUGGCAUUCCGAGACCAAGGGAAAGGGCAAGGGUACCGCCGUGGCCAAGGCGAAGGGCACCACCGCCGCGAAGGCCACCACCGCCGCGAAGGCCACCACCGCCGCCAAUGCCACCACCGCCGCCAAUGGCACCACCGUCACCACCGUCACCACCGUCGUGGCCAAGGGCACUGUUGAGGCCAAGGGAAAGGACAAGGGUACCGCCAAGGUUAUCGCCAAGGGCACCAUCGCCGCCAAGGGCAAUAGAACCAGUUGAUGACUUUGAAAUGUAUCUCAAACCCAUGCAAUAUGUCAAAUCACCCAAACAACUGACUCCAAUAUUCUCUAUUUCAAAAACCGAUCAAAUUAUGGAUCAUCACGACAGUUACCAUUCCGAUAUCUCUGGAGAAGAAGCUGAAUUCAGGCUAAAAGCAUUCCAAACUCGAAGCUAUCUUACUCGCUACAGUACCAAUCACAAGCAAUAUAUACUAUCUGUAUAUCAACCAGUACUAAGAGGAACAAGAGUAAAGCAUGAGACAAAGCACUUUACGAUAACCUUCAAGCACGAUGACAGGAAAAUCUACAAGAUAACCGACAGAGAAUUUGACAGCCUUGAAGAAAUGCUUAAAACCUAUGAGAGUGAGACAAUUGACCAUUCUCUACCAAAUAUUGGAAGAAUGGUAUCUAUGACGGAAUAUUAUCGAUUACUUCAAAGGCAAAUAGGACAAGAGCCACAAGAAAUGUCACUAUAGAAUUACAUUGACAGGAAUUACCACGAGAACAGCAUUCUCAAGGUCAGCAAGAAAACGAUAACCAGGAGCAAUUAAGCUCAACCUGAUACAAUAAAACUACAAAUAUAUGGAAUUUAUGCUUACUAUAUAUAGGAGCUAUUUAGAAUAAGUCCUUGUACAGUGCAUGCAGUAUGUAAAGCCUGUGACGUUAUCUUAUCAUUAUUUGUGAUGUAUAUAUUUAUUAUUAUAUGACUGGUCUCGCAACCGGUCCUUGUGUUCUA